AUGUAUAGUCUGGGUAAGAUGAAUGGACAUGGAGAUCUGAAUAAUUCCCAUGCUGCCAGAACAACGGUCGAAUUCGCCGUGGAUCCAUCGCUUAGAAGCAAGUCCCUCGCCAUUGGGCGCGAUCAAGAUGACGCCAGAGUUCGCCAACAAUAUCGUCCUUUUCUUUUUGAUAAAGAUAUGGCUGCUGAUGACUGGGUGGCUGAAUUGGAACUGAGUACGGCAAUCAAGAUGGUGCAGUCGGAGAUUUUGGAUAAGAAACUUGAUCGUCUCCGAAUUCUUGUUCUUUACGGUAGUCUCAGAAGUCGGUCAUACUCACGCCUUCUAGCCCUCGAAGCCUCACGUAUCCUAUUUCGUCUCGGCUGCGAUGUGCGAGUAUACGAUCCAACUGGUCUACCUCAAAAAGACGACAUUCAACAUGACCACCCCAAGGUCCAAGAACUGCGAGAAUUGAGUAAAUGGAGCGAUGGCCACGUAUGGAUUAGUCCAGAGCAACACGGCAACUUGACUGGCAUUUUCAAGCAACAGAUCGAUUGGAUUCCUCUAUCAACAGGUUCAGUGCGUCCUACACAAGGAAGAACUCUAGCCGUGGCCCAAGUCAGUGGUGGAUCCCAGUCUUUCAACUCGGUAAACUCGCUACGUAUCCUUGGUCGUUGGAUGCGCAUGUUUGCCAUUCCUAACCAGAGUUCGGUACCGAUGGCGUACACCCAGUUCACGCCAGAGGAGGAGAGGAGUCGUAUGAUGCCUAGUUCGAACCGUGAUCGCCUCGUUGAUUGUAUGGAGGAGCUCGUCAAGUACACUAUUGUUAUGAGGCCUCAUUUCGAUCUCUUUGGCGAUCGUUUUAGUGAGCGUGAGGAGAAAAGGGUGAAAGAGAUGAAAAGAGAGGAGGGAAACUAG